CGGGAAGGAGGAAGGGCCGGGCGCAGACGAGCAGGCGGCUCCGGAGCGGCGCGCGCCAUGUCCGCGCACAAUCAGGGCACCGAGCUCGACCUUAGCUGGAUCUCCAAAAUACAAGUGAAUCAUCCAGCCGUUCUGAGGCGUGCGGGACAAAUCCAGGCUCGCAGACCUGUGAAAAAGGAGUGGCAAGCUGCUUGGCUCCUGAAAGCUGUUACCUUUAUAGAUCUUACCACACUUUCAGGCGAUGAUACAUCUUGCAACGUUCAAAGGCUCUGUUAUAAAGCCAAAUAUCCAAUCCGGGAAGAUCUCUUAAAAGCUUUAAAUUUGCACGAUAAAGGCAUUACUACAGCUGCCGUUUGUGUUUAUCCUGCCCGGGUAUGUGAUGCUGUAAAAGCACUCAAGGCUGUGGGCUGCAAUAUCCCUGUGGCAUCAGUGGCCACUGGCUUUCCAGCUGGACAGACUCAUUUAAAAACACGAUUAGAAGAGAUCAGAUUGGCUGUGGAAGAUGGAGCUACGGAAAUCGAUGUAGUAAUUAACAGGACCUUGGUGCUGACAGGCCAGUGGGAAGCCCUGUAUGGUGAGAUUCGUCAGUUUCGCAAGGCCUGUGGGGAGGCUCAUCUCAAAACCAUAUUAGCAACAGGAGAACUUGGAUCUCUUACUAAUGUCUAUAAAGCCAGUAUGAUAGCAAUGAUGGCAGGAUCAGAUUUUAUUAAGACUUCUACCGGAAAAGAAACAGUAAAUGCCACCUUCCCGGUAGCUAUAGUAAUGCUACGGGCCAUUAGAGAUUUCUUCUGGAAAACUGGAAACAAGAUAGGCUUUAAGCCAGCAGGCGGCAUCCGCAGUGCGAAGGAUUCCCUUGCUUGGCUGUCUCUUGUAAAGGAGGAGCUUGGAGAUGAGUGGCUGAAGCCAGAGCUCUUCCGAAUAGGUGCCAGCACUCUGCUUUCGGACAUCGAGAGGCAGAUUUACCACCAUGUGACUGGAAGAUACGCGGCUUAUCAUGAUCUUCCAAUGUCUUAAGUUAGUAGCCAGCUCCAGAAAAGUUCUUUACGACAGCACUUAAAGAUUAUUUUUCUACAUAAUUGCCAAAAUCAUUUAAUUAAAAAAUAGGGGAAUGGGUAACUGACAUUUUUCCCUUUAAAAUUUCCAUUGAACUUAAAGAAUGAAAAGAAAAAAAAACAAGCUAUCCACGUGUGCUACUCAUUUCAGAUACAUCUGAAAUGGUCUUAAUUUUGAGAUCUAUGCUAUUAGCAUUGCGAAGGUUUUCUCCUAAAAACUGAGUAAAAUGUUAAUGGCAGAUUUGCCCACAUCAAAUUCUAAGGGGGGAAAAAGAUGUUAGCCUGUCCAUGAAGCAUGGCCUAGCAAAAGAAAAUGCAACAUCCCUGACCUGCCGCUGUAAUGACUUCAGGGGCCACUGAUUCAGCACUAAUUUCCCACCAUGAAAAUCCAUCUUUUUUAUUUUUGCAAUGGAUAUACUCUUUUGUUAACCAUUUUACUAAUGCAAUUUCUGACUUUGUUAUAUGGAACUUUGAAUAUCAUUGGAAUUUUUAAAAUAAAAAAGUCCUUGUUUAUUAAAAAACA